AUGCAAGCUACACUUUUCGCUCUUGUCCUUCUUUUUGUUCCAUUCUUCGCUUUCGCAGCUUCUCCGUACUCCGAUGAUGAUACCGAGCUUCUGAGCAACAAUGAAAGAUUCGCUCGGGAUUUAGAGCUCCGCAAGAAGUUUGCAUUUGCAUUCGCAAAGAGAAGCGCACCAGACGCGGAUGUUCUCAUCGAGGCUCGCAGUGGACCACAAUCCUUGGCUCACGAGGGCGCUGGAAUGCGUUUCGCUUUUGCUAAACGCCGUUCUCCAAAAGAGUUCGCCAGAUUCGCUCGUGCCAGUUUCGCGUAA